GGAGCGGCCUGCGGGGCGCUAUAAGGGUGCGGGCGCGGGCGCGCGUUGGGGUGCGGAGCGGGGAGUGCGGAAGGAUGUGCGACCGCAACGGUGGGAGGCGGCUGCGGCAGUGGCUGAUUGAGCAGAUUGACAGCGAGCAGUACCCAGGGCUCAUCUGGGAGAAUGAGGAGAAAACCAUGUUCCGCAUCCCGUGGAAGCAUGCAGGGAAACAGGAUUACAACCAGGAGGUGGACGCUUCGAUUUUCAAGGCUUGGGCUGUUUUCAAAGGCAAAUUCAAAGAAGGUGACAAAGCAGAGCCAGCCACCUGGAAGACACGGCUGCGCUGUGCCUUGAACAAGAGCCCUGACUUUGAGGAGGUGACAGACAGGUCCCAGCUGGACAUCUCUGAGCCCUACAAGGUGUACAGGAUCGUGCCAGAGGAGGAGCAGAAAUGCAAAAUCGGCGUUGGGAACGGGAGCAGCCUAGCUGAUGUUGGAGACAUGGACUGCAGCCCUUCUGCCAUCGAUGACCUGAUGAAAGAGCCUCCUUGUGUGGAUGAAUACCUGGGGAUCAUCAAGAGAAGCCCCUCACCUCCACAGGAGACCUGCAGAAACCCCCCAAUACCAGACUGGUGGAUGCAGCAGCCCAGCCCCUCUUUGCCCCUGGUGAAUGGGUACACUGGCUACGAGCAGCAGCAUUCGGGCUACUCCCAGAUGGUGAUCACCUUCUUCUACAGCGGGAGGCUGGUGGGGCACAUCACCACCUCAUACCCUGAGGGCUGCAGGCUGUCGCUCAGCCAGCCCUCUAACCACAGUGAGAAGCUCUACGCCCCUGAUAGCCUGGAGCACGUGAGGUUCCCCUCAGCUGAAGCCAUCCAGAAUGACCGCCAGAAGCAGAUCACCAAGAAGCUCUUUGGGCACCUGGAGAGGGGUGUCCUGCUGCACAGCAACAAGCAGGGCAUCUUUAUCAAGAGGCUGUGCCAGGGAAGGGUCUUCUGGAGUGGGAACACGCUGGUGUACAAGGACAGGCCAAGCAAACUGGACCGUGAUGAAGUGGUGAAGAUAUUUGACACCAACUUAUUCUUUAGAGAGCUGCAGCAGUACUACAACAACCAGGGCCGCUUCCCGGACAGCAGGGUCAUGUUGUGCUUUGGAGAGGAGUUCCCAGACACGGUGCCGCUGCGGUGUAAGCUCAUCCUCGUCCAGGUGGAGCAGCUCUGUGUCAGGCAGGUGAUGGAGGAGGCUGGCAAGACCUGCAGCAGCCCCAUGCUGCCUGAUGAGGUGCAGCAAGAGCAGGUGUACAGGAUCUUCCAGGACAUCUGUGGGCCACACCAACGGCCGCUGUUCAGAGAGAAUCAACAGAUUGCUGUGUGAGCCUCCGUGGGCACAACGAGGGGUCUGGGUGACUCCAGACCCGUUGGGAUUCAUUAGUGCCUCAAAAUUUCCCUUUGUUUGGAGAGUUGGUUCUUGAUCUUUGCUGUUUUCAGUCCAUAAAUCUGUGUAAACGCAGCGAUCCAAAGCAACAGCCCCACUUGGUUUGAGAACCACCAUUGGAAGGAGGUGGUGACUCCUGGAAAGGCCUUACAGCGCUCAAGUAAAUCCUUCACAGAAGUAAUUAUUUUUCCCCCAGAGAAUUUGCAGUCCUGCUGAAGUCUGUGGUAUGCUUUCCGUGGGGGAAAAACCUCCUCAAAUCCCUCUUUAUUUUUGCAAUGAAGUUUAUAUUUUUUUUGUCUGUCAUAGGGGGGGGAGUAUUUUGAAAUUCAGAGAGCGAUGCAGAAAUUAUAUAUGUAAACGUUGGCUAUGAGAACAUAGGGAUCUUAAUUUUUCUGACCCAAAACCAGAGUUUGUACAAACAGAUGUCUUCUAUUUUAAAGAUAGCAGUGUAGUGUUAAUAGGUUGGCUUCACCAUCCCAAAAAUGCAUGUGUUGGUCUCUCCCAAGCGUGAGCAGGCAGCAGCUUCCAUGUGUCAACCCUCAUUAACAUGCUUUGUGUUUGCCCAGUGCUGGGGAGCUCCUUGGGCAUGGCUUCAUGCCUUGCAGCAGCCAUGAAGCACCAUGGACCAAAGGACCUUGCAGGUGUGCGUGCAGUGAGGCUGCCUAUUUAUUUUAUGCCUAAGUUUUUUUGUUAAAUGGUUUUGUAAUUUCUUUUUUUGUUUUUUGUAUCUUCCUGCAAUUAAAGUGCUAUGUUUUGUA